AUGCCCGCUUUUGCCUCUGCGAUUCCCGUCUCCGGUGAGCCCGACGUCGGCCCGGACGCCUCGGGCCAGUCUGCGUGGUCGGUGCACCUCGUUCUGGGGUGCGUCGCGCUCGGCUGGUACAUUUUUAACUGGGUGGUCUGUGCUAUUGGAUAUUCUCGGAUAUUCCGAACCUACAACAAGCCCCCACCUCCGUCACCACCGGUGUCAGAAAACGAUGUCCCCUUCGUAACGAUCCUCCGCCCGAUCAAAGGCUACGACCCGAACCUCGACCUGUGCCUCGCGUCGACAUGUCUCCAGGACUACCCGCAGUCCAGGUUCGAACUCGUCUUCUGCGUCGCGACGCCGCAGGACACCGCGAUUCCAGUGAUCAACCACGUCCUCGAGCAGCACCCCAACGUCAACGCGCGGCUUCAGAUCGGCGAGGAGGACGUGGGUCCGAACCCGAAGAUUAGGAAUCUCAACAAGGCGUACCGUGAGGCGACGGGGGAUAUCGUGUGGAUCCUUGACUGCAACAUCUGGGUUAACCCCGGUACGUUGAGACGGAGUGUGGAAUUGCUCGAGGGAACGAGGAGUCAGACGGGUUACAAGCUGGUGCAUCAUCUGCCGAUUGCUGUAGAUGUUUCCGAUGUCCGCUCGUAUACGCCCGAUCACUCGCCGAGGACACCGUCAACCGAGGAGUCGUCCAGCUCGUUGCUGCGAAGGAGCUCGGUCACGCCGGGGGCGGAAAAGAACUGGUUAUCGGGUGUGCUGGCCUAUGGCGGUGGCAGACUCGAGGAGAACUUCCUGUCGAGCUCGCACGCGAAGUUCUACUGCGCCAUCAAUACACUCUCCGUCGCAUCCUGCGUGGUGGGGAAAUCGGAGAUGUUCCGGCGCAGCCAUCUCGCCGAGGUCACCCGCGACGGAGGCGACAAGGACGGGUUGAUGUACUUCUCCGACUACAUCUGCGAGGACCACCUGAUAUCCGAGAAGCUCUUCCUGACCCCUCUGGACGAGGAAGUCUCGGGCAAGCGGAAAUGGCGCCGCCACGGGAUGGGCACCGAUCUGGUCUUCCAGCCGCUCGAGGACAUGCCCGUGCGCGAUUACCUUGCGCGACGGAUGCGCUGGAUUAGAGUCAGGAAAUAUGCAAACCUCCCUGCAACGUUCGUCGAGAGUCUCACGGAGUCCGUCACCUGCUCGCUCAUCGGGGGUUACGCAGUAACCUCCAUCCCCUCCUUGGCGAGCCGUGUGGGCUCCUCGUGGAUGAGCUUCUGGGGCUUCUGGAUCAUGAGCAUGGCAGCGUGGGGGCUCAUGGACCGUGUGCUGUUCAACUUCCUGCACGCCCACAAGUCGGUGCCGGUCGACGACCACACGCCAGAUUUCAUCGCGCGGCAUAAGGGAAGGAGUGCGAUGGAGUGGCUGCUCCAGUGGAUCGGACGAGAGGCUUUCGCCUUCCCCGUCUGGCUGAGUGCGCUGUGGCCCGGCCCGAUCAGUUGGAGAGGAGGGCUCUAUCGCAUCAGGUGGAAGGAUAUGAAAGUCGAGGAGUUGGGGAUGGAUGGUAAGCGGCGCCGGGAUUAG